AUGUCUUCUACCAACGGUGCCACCCAGAGAAAGGUCGGCGACGAUGUAUCUUAUGAGGAAGCUGGGAUACAUCCCAUUUCGCAGGUCAAGUCUGCUGGUGCCUUGACACUCUCUCCAGAGCUUUUCGAAAAGGUGAUGAUCAACCACCUCCCACAAAUUUAGAUGGAUCUCAAAUUGAAUCGCAUAGCUUUACCUCACACCAAAGACUGCCAAUACAGGGGAUCUAAGAAGACGAUUCGCGAACCCAACGCCAUUGGGUUUGAUGGGGUAAACAACACCAUAUUACCACCCACAAUCUCAAUGGAAACUAAAUACCUCCACAGAUUCGUCAUCUCAGCUCUCACCUUCGCAUCAGUCCUCAUGGGUUGGGGCGGAGCAACCUCCCUCGUAGGCGUAGUGUACAUACAUCCCCUCCCUCCUCCCUCCCAAUCCCCACUAACCCACCCCUCUAGCGGCAUCUUCUACUUCACCGGCCCGGUCCUCCUCCUCCUCUCCUGCAUCUUCGAAUGGAUCAUGGGCAACUUCUUCUCCAUGCUCGUCAUGGGCAUGUUCGGCGUCUUCUGGCUCUCCUUCGGCCUCAUCCAAACGCCCUCAUGGGGCAUCGCCGCCUCCUACUCUGCGACGGGCGAUGCCGUCGAGGGCGCGGCGAGUCAGGGGUAUAAUGCUGCUAUCGCGUUGUAUUUGAUGUUCUGGGGCUUCUGGCUGUUUACGGUUUUUUGCUUUGCGUUGAAGACGAAUGUUGUUUUUGCGGCGAUCUUUUUUUUUGCUUUCGUGUCGAAUUUUGUGUUGAGUGGGGCGUAUUGGAGGGUUAGUACGGGGGAUUUUGAGGCGGCGGGGAGGUUGCAGAAGGUGUGUGUCUUCCUUUUUUUCUAUCCUCUCAUUUGUCCACUCCUCGUGAGCAUGUGGUUUGAUAAGAGGGUUCUGAUCUCUGGGGAUAGGCUGGAGCGGCUAUCUUCUUUCUCGUGGCGCUUUUGGGAUAUUAUAUCACGGUUGUGAUGAUUGCUGCGGAGGUGAGGAUCACGGUUAACCUUCCCGUGGGGGAUCUGUCGCAUCUUUGGCCGAAGGAGGGUGAGGAGUUGGCGGAGAUGGAGAAGGAGAAGUAG